AUGACAGGGUGUAAACCAGUCCAAACCCCAAUGGAACAGCAACUGAAGUUGUCUAAAGGCAGUGGGGACUUACUUACCAAUCCAGGACAGUAUAGAAGGCUUAUUGGGAAGCUUAUGUACUUGACUCUGAGCAGGCCGGACAUCACAUAUGCAGUUCAUAGACUCAACCAGUUCUUGGCACAACCUAGAGCACCACAUAUGAAGGCAGCCUCUAGAAUACUUCAAUACAUAAAAGGAACACCUGGUCAGGGUGUUUUCUUCCCCACUGAAUCUGAUCUACACCUAAAGGCAUACUGUGAUGUUGAUUGGGCAGGGUGCCCUGACACAAGAAAGUCUCUAAUAGGCUAUUAUGUAUUUCUUGGUGAUGCCUUAGUGUCUUGGAGGUCUAAGAAGCAAAGCAUAGUGUCUAGGUCCAGUGCAGAAGCUUAA